AACCCUGUUAACCUGGCCGUGUUAAAACUGAACGAGCAAGGCCUGUUGGACAAACUGAAAAACAAAUGGUGGUACGACAAGGGCGAGUGUGGCAGCGGGGGCGGGGACUCCAAGGUCAGAACCCUGUUUCAACCAACCACGCUGAUCCACCAGGGGGGUAACUGGCCAAUCACAAAGCUGCUCAGACACUCUGGAUGGAAACACUUCCUGACAACUCUGUAUGAAGGGUGGGGGGGGGCUUAAUACACAAGAGAGACACAUGAUAUUGUAUCUCUCCCUAGCCAUGGAUAGGUCUAUGGCCCGACUUCAACACGAAGGGUAACAAGUACUUCAUCGCUGUGUGUAGGGGCCAACUUAAAACUACAGAGAGACAUCAUACUCUCUCCCUAGCCAACAUAAACUACUGUAGUCCUUCUGGGAGGAGGGUGUCUGGAAUUGGCACAGUUUGAAUUUUAGUAGCCCCUCCCUUACCCUGUUCUCAUGAAUAAGUAAGGAUAGCGUUCAUUCAUGCAUAAGUUCCCUGGUAAGCUGAUACACUGAAGACUCCACACACACAAACAGCAGAAUUGGGUUUGUUUGUAUCUCUGUGCCCCAGCAUCUCCUACUAACUAGACGCUCCUACAGCUUUUAAAGGGGAAUAGAAUCCAGAAUCAGAAUCUUUUCUGACGUGUUGUGUUCCGUAACAGAGGGUCCACAGCUAGUGUGCCGGUUACCCAAAGUGAUACAGUAAUACACAUCUACUAUCGUACAGUACAGUAGGGAGACAGAGCCCACAGAGAUAGAUGGAGUAUUAACACAUAUCACUUUGACUCUGAUGUACAUGUAUGUUGCUAAUGAUGUUGAUGUAUACUUUAUGUAUUUGCCUGUGAGUGAACGUGUGUGUGAGGGUUCAAACUUCUUACCAGUGACACAGCUAAAGUGCAGUAAACCCUGAUGCGUAGAUGUGGUAUAUGAUUGAAAAUGUUCUGAAUGACUGACAUAAUAUAACAUAUGUUAUGCUAUGUUAUUUAUGUUAUGGCCCUGCCCUGCCCUGCCCUGGGUGUGGUGUGGGUGUACGUGCAGGAUCCCGGUAAACCUAGCCGUGUUGAAGCUCAAUGAGCAGGCCGUCUUAGACAAACUAAAGAACAAAUGGUGGUACGAUAAAGGAGAGUGUGGCAGCAACGACUCCGGACGCAAGGUCAGUCACACACUAUAACUCAGUCCUUAUACCCCCAAACACACCCGCAUAAAACCCCUGAUCCUAGACCAGUCCUUAUACCCCAAUCACUCCUCGCAUCCUCCUCAAAACCCCUGAUCCAAGACCAGUCUGAAACUACAAAAGCCCUGUAAAGUCUGUUCCCAGACCAGCCCUUAUAUCUCAAACUGUCGCUCUCUCUCUCUCAGUUCACUACUUAGACAUGCCACUGGUUCUCAUUAGUAUGGUAACUGAGAUUGGCGGACUCUUGCUCUCUCUCUCUCUCUCUCUCUCUCUCUCUCUCCUCCUCUCUCUCUCCUCUCUCUCUCUCUCUCUCCUCUCUCUCUCUCUCUCUCUCUCUCUCUCUCUCUCUCUCUCUCUCUCUCUCCUCUCUCUCUCUCUCUCACUCACUCACUCACUCACUCACAGGGAGCCAAUCACUGUUCUCUCCAUAAUGAGGCCAAAGAUUGAAUGAACUACUAACCUUGAUGGUUGAGGUGAAACAGUGGAGUUUACGUCGUUAAAUAAAAUAUAUUAGAGGUCAUAUGUUGUGAUACACAAGAACAUAUGCUGCCUGCUCCUUAUUGCAGAACAUUAGCCGCGUACACAGUACCUCUAAGCAAUACAAGUAGGCAUGUGUGUUCUUUGAAGAGAGUGUAACAUUCACUUUCUAUUUCCCUCGACUCAUCUGUGAGGUUGUUUUGGAGUGAUGUAUAGCUAACGUAUGAUGUCGAUCUUGUUGCUAUAGCCAAGGUAAUACAGGAGGGAAAUCACAGGCAUCCCUCAUGUAAGAGAGUCAGAAUGAGAUUGUCCUCAUGUGUAGUACCACAUAAUGCUGAAGUACAUUAUUGUAAAGUGCACCGAUCUAGCCAAUAUCAACCAGAGGGAAUAGAAACAUACAGAGAAAUAGCACGUACAGCGCAUUCGGAAAGUAUUCAGACCCCUUUACUUUUUCCACUUUUUGUUACGUUACAGCCUUAUAAAAAAAGAAAAAAAAAGAAAUACCUUAUAAGUAUUCAGACCCUUUGCUAUGAGACUCGAAAUUGAGCUCAGGUGCAUCCUGUUUCCAUUGAUCAUCCUUGAGAUGUUUCUACAACUUGAUUGGAGUCCAGCUGUGGUAAAUUGCAAUUGAUUGGACAUGAUUUGGAAAGGCACACACCUGUCUAUAUAAGGUCCCACAGUUGACAGUGCAAAAACCAAGCCAUGAGGUUGAAGGAAUUGUCCGAAGAGCUCCGAGACAGGAUUGUGUCGAGGCACAGAUCUGGGGAAGGGUACCAAAACAUUUCUGCAGCAUUGAAGGUCCCCAAGAACAGAGUGACCUCCAUC